ACAGUUAUUUCAAAUUUCUCAUAAAAAUAAAUAUUUGAAUUUAUAAAUAGAAAAUUGGGUUUGGAAAAGUCAUAUGGAAAAUAAAUUUUAAAUUGAAUUCUCAUUAAGAUUACAACAAAAGUGAAGGAAUCAAGAGAUAUACUAGACACAGAGUAGAAUUCUACGAAUAACGCAAAGAGAUAUUCAGAUGAAAAAAUAACACAACAACCACAACAACAUAAAGAACAAAAGUUUUUUUUCACACCUAAAGCAACAACAACAGAUUUCACCACCGCAACCAGCCGUCACAUCAUUUCCUCGCCGAGUCAAGUGGUCACGAGCUGAAGGCAACACAUUGAGUUCCGGCAACAAUUUCGCACCUACGUUGCGGUUGUGGGCGUUCGGCUGUAAUUACAACAAUUGCCAAGCCUUGAGAUGAGCAACUGAUUUCCUAGCGACGAAGUUCAUAUCGUGGUUGCGAGUGUGUGGGUGAUAACGGCAAUUGCUGUCAGGCAAAAAAACACCAGCAACGCAUCAAUUACAAACGGAAUUCCACAAAAACAAAAACAAAAACAACAACAAUAUAACUGUGUAUAAAUAAUUACGGUAACGCUUGUGCCACGAAAAACCGUUAGUUACAGUUAUUAACCGUGUCUAUGCGAGUGUGUAGACGUGGCCUUUCGACCUUUUGUAUAAUAUCAAACUCUCAUAUUACUUAAACAAGCACCAAAAUUAUCAUGUUACUCAGCGCGUAUGAACUUUAUUGCUUAAUUACAACAACAAAAAGGUGUAUGUGUAUAUUGCCAGCGGGUGGCGGAGUGUACUACUAAGUAAUUGUAGAAAAAAUCUUUCUACGCCUUCGGAGCUACGUUGCGCGUUCCAGAUUCGGUUCGAUAUUUGGCUUCGGUUUCGACUUCGGUUUCGGUUCGUGCUUCGUUCCUUUUUGACUAUUAACUUUCCGUUCUGUCUUAAUUGACUUUUUCCUCCAUUGUGGUAUUAUAUGCAAGUUUCCCUCAAGGCAGCUCCCACGUAGAGCUCGUUAACGCCUGAAGUUUUAUUGAUGAGUUCAACGACACGGGUGUUGUAAAAACAACUCGGCUUAAGCCGCAAAAAAGCAAUUGUUGCAAGCGCAGCAAAGUGACAGCAAAUUCUGGAAACUUGUGUGGGUGUUAGUGUAUUUAAAUAUAAGUGAUGAAAUAAUCUUUUACAUAGAAGAGGCUACGAAGCACUUAAGAGGAUAUCGCAUGGGGAAAAUACUAAGCAAUAAAUGAAGCGUGGUAAGCAAAUAACGCGCAGAAAGCAGAAAUAACAACAACAACAGUAACUAACAGCUGCGUGAGGGAAAUAAAAAAAAAUCACGAAAAAUCAUAAAAACCUUCGCCACAGCUCGACCUGUGAAAUUUGUGUAGCAAACUUUUUAGUAUUCAAGAAAGUAUUGUUUGCAAAACGAAAAGACGUGUAAGAAGCACGAAGAAGACGAAGCGCGCAGAAGACGUGCCAGCAACUUUGCAUAAAUCGCAACUAAAUCCUUUCAACGUCUAACAAACACACACACAUACACUCAUAUAUAGACAAAUUUAAACACAAACGCAUAACUUUACUUGACUGAAGAACGUUUGAAGGAAAACAACCAGAACAACAACAAACAGCAAGCAAAUGCAAAUUGAAAUGUCAUAAACAGCAACAAUCAAAAAGAGAAGCAAUAAUAAUCAUAAACAAACAUAAAUAUUUAAGGUAACUACAAGCAAAGAACAACACCAACAACAACAGCAAUAGCAAAAACAAAUAGAACGCACAUACAACAAAAUAACCACAAGAAGUAAGCAAAUCAAUCAGCAAAGCCCACAAAACCCACAAGUAUGCUGAGUGCAAGCGCUGCGGAAUUAUUUUGAUUUCGCAUUCAAAUCGCACAAAUCUCAGAAAUCUCACAAAUCAUAUUUCAUAUUUACAUUUCAACUGCAGCAGAUUACACAAACAAAUACGCUGGUCGCGGCAGUGGCGAAAGGUGCGGUUGCCAAGUUGUUUAAUUUCCAUUAUUAUUAAAUAUUAUUUGCUUAUAUGCGUCAAAUCGUCGAAAUCAAAAGCGAAAACAAAAACAAAAGCAAGGAACAACAAAAACGCAUUCAACGCUGUGACAAGGCGUUCAUCAAUUCGUUACUUCGUAGUCGCCGCUUUGGACGCUUCGGCCGCUCGUCGCCCAACCAUACAUAUGCCGAGUAUAAUGUGGAGUACAAUAUCGCCGACAAAUUCUAAGAAAUUACUUAUUGGCAGCACCCGAAGCGUCGACUAUGUCGGAAACAAUAACAAUCAGCAGCAGCAGCAAUUACAGCAACAUCAUCAUCAGCAAUAUCAUCGGCAGCAAAAGCAACAACCGCAAAUACAUAACGGAACGAAGGCAAAAACAACAACAACAAAUCACACUGAAAUUGAAACACAAAUUGGUAGAACAACAGCAACGCCCACAAUCACAACCACAGCAGCAAAUACACCGAAUCGCACAGCAGCAACAAUACCAACAACCGCCAGUAAUAAAACGCAAUCGACGAAAAUCUCAAUCGCAAUGGAAAUUCACAUACAAAAUAAGUGCAUCUCAGCAUAGCGCAUCACUCUGGAGGGUGGUGCGGAGCCCCCAUGGCUGCAGGGCCCCCUUAAAGCGGCAUUUUUGGGGGCCUCUGGCGUCGGUAAAACCAGCAUAUUACAGCAAUUCUUCUACCACGACUUUCCGAAGACACAUCAGACGACUACACGCAGAAAGAUCUACAAGAGCUGUCUGGUGUGCGACACUUGCAUACGCGAGCUGAUGGUACUCGACGUUCCACCCCAGAAACGUUUUCCGGCCGAUAACUUUGCCGAAUGGAAUAAUGGACAUCCGCUGGGGUUGCGAACCGUACACGCAUAUGUUUUAGUAUUCGAUAUGGGGAAUUUGGAAACAUUUCAGUACUGCCGCGCAAUGAGAGAGCAAAUAUUGGAUAGUUUUAGUCAUCGAGAUUUUAGUAUAAUUGUAAUUGGUAAUAAAUACGACACGGUCACCGAGCUGCAGGCUACUUCACAGGAGCUGAAGGAUAUCUCAACACUGGUGCGCAAGCAUUGGCGUUGCGGCUAUGUAGAAUGCUCCGCCAAAUUUAAUUACAAAAUUGGCGAUGUAUUCAGAGAAUUGAUGGGCUGUACGAGCUCUGGUGCCAUUGUUAGCGAAUUUACACAAUCAUCUAGGAAUAAAGGACGUUGCACAAUACUUUAGCGUUAUCUGCUCAAAUUCUUCAAAGAAGGCAUAUGAGUAGCGGUGAAGGGGCCCAAGCUACAGCUGUAUACUUUCAAGCCCAACGUUAAAUUUCCCACAAGCGAAACGAAAGACUAAACAAAUGCCGCCAAUAUAGCUAUAUAUGUAUAAAAUUUAUAUGUAUGCAGCAGCAGAAAGUUCAUAGAUCCACCUUAGAAUUCAAAAACUUAACUGUUGCAGCUGUUAGCUCCCUCAAGGGCGAAUCCGUAGUUAUUCAUGUAUAUAGAAGUGCGCAAAUAAGCCCAUAAUUUAGAACAAGUCAUUUAUAGAAAAAAUAGAAAUUAUAUAGAAAUUUAAGAAAACGCAAAAGUAGUUAUUCUUCUAGAGGAAUAAAAUUGGGGAAACAAUAAUAAAUUUAGCUUAGUUUAUAAAUUGUAAUACAAAAGCAAAUAGUUUGCGAAUUAGAACCAAAACAAUAUAUGAGAUAAAUUAUGUGCGAAAGACAUGAACACAAACCUUCAAAUAAUUAACAUAACCUUUAAUAUUCUUAUCAAUUUGAUUUUACAUUUAGUUAUAUUUAAAGAGUUUUUAAACAUUCACCAUAACAUAACUCAUAUUCAUAUCUUAUUAGGGUAGGUCGUACGACUCACUUAGGUCUUUAGGAGGCCCAUUGUCACUCCACCGGGCAAUGAUAAAGUUGUUCACUUCAACAAGUUGUAUAAUAGCCACUUCGGAGCCAUCGUCAAGAAAAUCGUAUCAGAUCGUUGUCUUUAUUUUCCUGAGCAAGGCCUUGCAUCCACAUAGAAUAUGCUCUACUGUCUCCUCCUCUUCUACUUCUUGGCAGCUUCUGCAAUAGUCAUUGUAUGGUGUCCCAAUCUACUGGCAUGUCUACCAAUCAGACAAUGACCUGUUAACACUCCUGCUAGAGUUCUUAAGUCGUUUCUUUUAAAUUUUAAUAAACGGCAUGUCCGGCCCUUAUUCCAUUCAGAUCAGGUUGAGCAAGUCAGACAUUGUUUCCACCGAUACUCGGCUAUGUAUUUUAAAUUUUAAUAAACGGCAUGUCCGGCCCUUAUUCCAUUCAAAUCAGGUUGAGCAAGUCAGACAUUGUUUCCACCGAUACUCGGCUAUGUCUAUGUCGUAUCGUAUUAAGUAUCUACAAGAUACUGCAUACUUCCUCUUUAUCGGAAUUUAUGUGUAAGGUGGUAGUUCAUUCUAUUUACAGUUUCCUGAAAUGUUGCUGUGUCCUGGAACCCAUUGAUAUCUUCGAUGAGAAUCUAAGAGACUUUAAUGAAUUCAAAGUCACCUGGCUGCCUGUAAAAAUAAAUAUAUUUCUUGUUUUUAGCACCCAGAGUAGACCUACUUUAAUUGCAGUAAUCUCUGCUUCAAAAAACACUGCAUGGAUCUGGAAGUCGGAAGACGAUUUGGAUGUCUAAUUUUUCUGAAAAGGCACCACCUCCCACUCAUUUCUAUAUUAUACCUGUAUAUAUACUUAUCGCUGUAUUAUUAUCAACCUCGCCCUAUCCCACUCUUCUCUGGUGAGAAAGGCAAUAUUAAUUUUUUUCUUUUGAGGUUAGGUUGCCUUAUACCAGGCAACUUCCAGCUUUUAGCUACCUUUCAUAUAGUACUGGAAUUUGAUCAAUUUAAAUUUAAUUCAGUUUCAAACAUGAUUCGCCUUUAACAAAUAAUUAUUUGAAGAGUCUAUUUAAGAAUCACUCUCUAUUCAACCUAUUACUGAAAUUUUUAUUUUGAAAAGUGAAAAACUUUAUCCCACCAUAUUUUACAAUAAAAAUUUCUUGAAAAUUUUUAAAAAUAUUUAAACAAAAAUAAAGAUAAACAUAUAAUAAUCAUAGAAAGUGAUCGUAGUGAAUAUAUAAGUAUAUAUUGUGCGUCUGAAGCAAAUUUAAGCUGCUUGCACAAUGGUCUAAGACGUUAAACCGAAUACUAGCAAAUAAGUACUUGCUGGCAUUUUGUGGUGAAAAUGCAAAUAUUUUAAGGAAGAAAAUACUUUAAAGUUGUGAUCAUUGCAAGAAUUAGCAUAAUUACGAACUCGUAAGAAUAGAGAAUAAAAAGGAAUAGAAAUUAAAUAAUUAGUUAAUUAAAAUUAAUUUUAAAGGAAUAUUUGCAUAACAAUGCAGCAUUGGAAAAAAUACGUUUAAUAAGUGUACAUGUUUGUGUAUGUUUAGAUAUGUAAUGAAACCCCAUUUAUAUUUAGGUAUAUUAGACGCUUAACACAACAUAGGCAUACGUGAAACAUAUGUAUGUAAUAGUAAAAAACAUAGAUAUAUAUGUAUGUAUUUGCGAUUAGCGGUAAAAACGCUGCAGCAAAAGGCAAAUUUAGUGAAGUAAAAUGAACGCACAAACUAUGUGUUAUUAUUGUUAAAAUCAUAUUAAAAUUAUAAAACCCUAGGAACACACAUAAGCACUCAUAAAAGCAAAUAGAGGUUGAAAACUUCAAAUAGUUUAAAAAAGUCGUAUAUUAAAAUAGUUUUAGCAUGGAAGAAAAUUCAAAAUAAACAAACAUACAAACAAAUGCGUUUAUUGUAUAGAUAUUUGUAAUAUUAUAAAAAUUAACUAAUACAAUAAUUAUGAUAGGUUUUAACGAAUUUCGAUCCACAUAGCACAAUAUCAGCAAUAGUUGGCAAAUAACAGCACCAACCCUAAACAGUGUUACCGCUGAAUUAAAAAAGAAAAUAAUAAUAAUUGUUGUAUAUGCAAUAAACUGUGAACACUUGACCAUACAUUGUUUUUAAAUCCCAAAUACUUUCAGAAAAUUAUUUUUUAUAACUUAGCAUAUAAACGAGUUAAUAAAUGUAAACAAAUUAAGGCUGAAUUUGUAUAUAUGUAUACACUUAGUAGAUGGAAGGUAUUAGUUAUACAAUUAAACACGACAAAAAAAGUGAAAAAAUAAAUUUACCAACAUAUUUAAAGAGAUAAGUUUGAAGUUGAAAUACAGAGAAAUGAAAUUAUUGAUGAAAAAUUAAAUACAAAAUAAUAUAAAAAAUAUUAUUUAAAUAACAAAUUAAAAAAUAAUAAUAAAUAAUAUUAAAAUAAAAAUUAACAAUUUCUACAUCUUUGCUAUAAGAUUGUAUAAUAUUUUAGCAUAAAAAAAUAAACCGUUAAAUAACUACAAUAAAUAAAGUAGGCUAUUAUUAUGCUAUUGUGUAUGCAGCAUGCUUGCGCCUUAAAUGCUCUAAACACACGCUUAAAUAAUUUUUUUACUUUUAAUACUGAUAAUUUCACAAAUUUGGUUUACUAAAUAAACUUUCUUUUUCACGACUUACGCAAUUAUAUCCGAAUGAGUAAUAGCGCGCCAUUGGUCUCUUUGUACCAAGUGAAGCCAGAUCGAACUCCACCUGAUCUUUCCAACGUAGUAGAGGUCUUUCUUUACCUCUGCUUCCACCAGCCGGUACUGCAACGAGCAUUUUCAAAGCUUGAGUGCUUUCGUCCAUUCGGACAACAUGACCUAGCCAGCGUCUUUUUAUUCGCUGAAUUAUGUCUAUGUCGUCGUAUAAAUCGUACAGUUUAUCGUUCCAUCGUCUGCGGUAUUCGCCAUUGCCAAUGCUCAAAUCUUAGGCAAACCCUUUCUCCUCCUAGUGCCAUCUCAUCGGAUGACGACAUCAUACGCUUCUGCACCAUAAAGGAGGACGGGAGUAAUGAGCGAUUUUAGAGUUUUGUUUGUGUUCAUGGAGAGAGGACUUUACUUUUCAAUUGCCUACUCAGUCCAAAGUAGCACCUGUUGGCAAGAGUGAUUCUGUGUUUGAUUUCUAGGCUGACAUUAUUAUUGGUGUUGAUGUGGUUCCCAGGUAGACGAAAUUAUCUACAACUUCAAAGUUAUGACUGUCAACAGUGACGUGGGAGCCAAGAAGCGAAUGCGCUGACUGUUUAUUUGAUGACAGGAAAUAUUUCGUCUUGUCCUCGUUCACUACCAGACCCAUACGUUUCGCUUCCUUAUCCAGUCUGGAAAAAGCAGAACUAACGGCGCAGGUGUUGUUUCCAAUGAUAUCGAUAUCAUCGGCUUACGUCAGCAGCUGUACACUCUUAUAGAAGAUCGUACCUUCUCUAUUUAGCUCUGCAGCUCUUAUUAUUUUCUCCAGCUUCAGGUUAAAAAAGUCACACGAUAGUGAGUCUCCUUGUCUUGCUUUUGGUGUUGCUGAACAUCAGUUUACACAGCCGUAUUAGUUUUGCAGGGAUAGAGGCGUCUCCUUUUCGUGCAGUCGAAAGCAGCUUUAAAAUCGACAAAGAGAUGUAUCGAUCACCUUUUCACGGGUCUUUUCCAAGACUUCGCGCAUGGUGAAGAUCUGGUCAGUUGUAGAUUUUCCACUUCUAAACCUCACUCAUACGGUCCAAUCAGUUUGUUGACUGUGGGCUUUAGUCUUCCACACAGUACACACGAUAGAACCUUGUAAGCGAUAUUGAGACCAUAUUCUGCAAAGAAGCUGAUGCAUGCACCUCGGUCGGCUAAUUGCUAAUUCUAAUUUCUCCAUGGUCGGGCAAUGGAAUGAAGUUUCCAGAAUCAAAAAGAAGAAAUAAGAAAAAUGGGAAAAUAACUUAAUAAAACAAAAAAUAUUUUUGAACAUCGAACAUCAAAAGCGAUAAGUAUAUUAACUCAAUUGUCUCUGUUAAUUGAACGAUUUGAAUCUCAUUAAAUUGAGUUGAUAGCUUAAUUGCAAUAUGGAUAGCUUUGAAAAUGAGGUAAAUUAUUUCAGUAGAUAAAGUUUUCAUCUAUAAUAGAAAUUUAUAUAUUUCGCAAAUUUAUGCAAAAAUUCAGAACUAAAAUGGUCGAAAAUUUAAAUGUUUCAGUUUCAUUUUAUAAUUUAUAUUUUGAUUUGGAAAACUAUUAAAAAAAAAAACAUUUUAAAUGAAUAAAAUUUAAACAAAUUCACCAAUUAAAUGAAUCUCAUAUAUUUUCUACGUUUAUAAACGCUGUUGAGCUUAUUAAAUGUUGCUUAUUAUUAUUAAGCAUAUAUAUAAUAUACUGUAUAUAAAAUAUAACGGUGAACAUAAAUAUUUACAAAUAAAAGUAUUAACUAAUAAAAACCUAAUGAACGCUAAGGCCCAUGCUAAACGUGUUAUUGUUAUUGUUAUAUUGUAGGCAUAUUGCUAGAUUAUUGCGUUGUCUUCUUACAAAUUGUAUGAUUUCAAAAUAUUUGAAAGAUUCGUCAAAAUGGCUGUUAAUUUUGAAAACAUUUGCUAAUAAAAACAGAGAGUAAUCUAAGAACUAAAUAAAUAUUUAUAAUAAAUAACACAUAAGUACAUAAAUAAAGUAUGUAAUUGAAGUUUAGCAUAUGGAAACAAUAUUGUUAAGUUUAAAAUGGUUAAACACAAAAUAAUCAGUAAAAAUAAAACCAAACAUUAAUAUUGUAAAAAAAAUAAUAUAAUAAAUUAAAAAAAUAAAAUAAAAUACAAGAAAUGCCUAAAAUAAUUAAUAAUUUGCAAAUGAAAUAUAAAAUAUAAUAUUUCGAAAAUAUUUCAUAAUAAAUCGUUUACACGCAAGCAAGUGCUGAAACUUGCAUAAAAAAUAAUUUAAAAAAUAAAAAAAAUAUUAAUUAAUUUCGCUUCAAUCCGCUGAAUCAGUAAUGUUGCUUCAAAUUUGUUAAGCGCGCUUUUACAAAAACAAGAAUUGAUGAUAAAUAUACAUAUAUACAUACGUAUAUCGAUAGUAUCGUACUGUUAUAUGUACAUACAAUAGAACAACGCGAAUAAAUUUGUUGCAAUACAUUUUACAACACACUGUUCCCCAAUGCCGUUUAACAUUGCAUCAAUUUAUUUGCAACAAUGUGGGCAAACGCAAGAUUAAGUAAACCAAAACUAAUUCGAAAGCUAAUGUCUGAUUUUCAAUUAAUUAUAGUUUAAACGCCUAUUGCAUUUUGACUGUGUUGCGGCACGCGAGUGAGUACGCACUCAAUUAGCGCAAUCACUUUUCA